GGCAAGAAGGGGAGCUAAGCGCCCGCCCCCGCCUCGUCUCUCCCCUGAGCGGACUGUACAAUCCUCGGCAGUGUCCUGAGACUGUAUGGUCAGCUCAGGGGCGGCUCGGCCCCGGGAUCGCAGCCUCGAAAGCAGCGCCGCCGCCACCACCACCACCGGACCCGCUCACCACGAGGAGCGCGCGCCGAGCCCUGCGCCGCCACCAGGGAACCUGCGCGGCCGAAAGAGGGAGCCCGCCAGCGCAGCCCAGCGCGACACUUGCACCUAUCCAAAGGCCUCCGGGGACCUUCCCACCCACCCAAGCCAGGCCCCCUGCCUGCCUGGGUCGGGCGCGCCCACGAGGGAGCCCGUGUGCCCGGACGCCGCGCAGAACAGCGGAGGCGCCACUUCCACGAUGACAGCGGAGAAGGAGAAGAAGAGGGAGCAGAACAGUUUCCUGGAAUCGAGCCCAGGGGAAUUUGGGAAGUGCAGCAACAGGAGCAGUUCUGAAAGGAGGAAGGAGAAGUCGAGGGAUGCUGCAAGGUGCAGGAGGAGCAAGGAGACGGAAGUCUUCUAUGAGCUGGCCCAUGAACUCCCUUUGCCUCACAACAUCAGCUCACACCUGGACAAAGCAUCGAUAAUGCGCCUCGCAAUCAGUUUCUUGCGGACACACAAACUGUUGUCUUCGGUCUGUGGUGACAAUGAGAGUAAAAUAGAGCCUGAUCAGCAGAUGGACAACUUGUACCUGAAAGCUUUGGAGGGAUUUAUCACUGUCAUCACACAGGAUGGAGACAUGAUCUUUUUGUCGGAGAACAUCAGCAAAUAUAUGGGUUUGACACAGGUGGAACUGACCGGACACAGCAUUUUUGACUUCACUCACCCAUGUGAUCAUGAGGAAAUUCGAGAAAACCUGAGUUUGAAAAAUGGUCCAGGCUUCGGGAAAAAGAAUAAAGAGGUGACCAUGGAGCGGGACUUCUUCAUGAGAAUGAAAUGCACUGUUACCAACAGGGGCAGAACUGUGAAUCUCAAAUCGGCCACAUGGAAGGUUUUGCACUGCACUGGACAACUUAAGGUCUAUAAUACGUGCCCUCCUCAUGCUCUCUGUGGCUACAAAGAGCCUCUCUUGUCUUGCCUGAUAUUAAUGUGUGAACCCAUUCAACACCCUUCCAAUACUGACAUCCCACUGGACAGCAAGACGUUCUUGAGCCGUCACAGCAUGGACAUGAAAUUCACCUACUGUGAUGACAGGAUCACUGAAUUAGUUGGAUACCAUCCUGACGAGCUGCUGGGCCGUUCUGCCUAUGAAUUCUACCAUGCACUGGACUCUGAGAAUAUGACCAAAAGUCAUCAGAACUUGUGUGCAAAAGGUCAAGUGGUCACUGGGCAGUACCGCAUGCUUGCCAAGCAUGGUGGGUACGUGUGGCUAGAGACACAAGGAACAGUCAUCUACAAUACACGCAACCUGCAACCUCAGUGCAUCAUCUGUGUCAACUACGUUCUCAGUGAAAUAGAGAACAAUGACAUCGUGUUCUCCAUGGACCAGACAGAAUCGCUCUUUAAGCCACACAUGAUGGCAAUGAAUCCUAUGUUUGAUAACGGAGUCCCCGUGGCAGAAAAGAGUGGUUUCUUGUUCACCAAGCUGAAAGAAGAACCUGAAGAACUUGCACAGCUGGCACCAACACCUGGCGAUGCUAUUAUUUCUCUUGACUUUGGGACGCAAAAGUUUGAGGAAAUCUCUUCCUACAACAAAGCUGUGAUGACCCCAAACAAGCAGUGGCCUCUGGAAGUGAAGGCUCAUGCUCCGCAGGCUGAGAAGCUGAGUGUGCCGUCCUUCACGCUGCCCCAGGUUGCAGCUGGCAGCAGCACUCCCAGCGCCAGCAGCAACAGCAGCUGUUCCACUCCAAGCAGCCCCGGAGACUAUUACACUUCCUUAGACGAAGACCUGAAGAUCGAGAUGAUUGAGAAACUUUUUGCCUUGGACACGGAUGCCAAGAAUCAGUGCAACUCACAGACUGAUUUUAACGAGCUGGACCUUGAAACUUUGGCUCCUUACAUUCCGAUGGACGGAGAAGAUUUCCAACUCAGCCCGAUCUGUCAAGAGGAGCGGCCUCUCUCCGAAAGCGCCCAGCUCACCCAGCAGAGCUUGAGCAACAUGAGCAACCUCUUCCAGCCCCUUGUUCCUCCCUCGCAGGAACAGUUUUUCCAGGAGAAAUACUGCCAGCCGAUGUCUAACAAAAACGUCAACACGGGGACUCUGCCACCACCCUUCUUGAACGGCGGAAGCCAGCCGUCCUCUUUGCUGCCCUACUAUGCCCAGGCCAGCACUCCUCUGUCUUCAAUGGGUGGGAGACCCAACACACAGUGGCCCCCUGACCCACCCUUACAAUACGCCCCUACGAAACAGAGAGCGGCGGUCAAUAAGUGUUCGGGAUCCAUAGCUAGCUCUCCAUCGGGGCCACCGCUGCACCUGCCUGAUAUGAACUUAUAUAAGAAAAGGUCGCUGGAGUGCCUUGGACAGCGGGGCAUGGAUAUAAACCCUGCGCAGAUUGCUCUUGCCAACAGUUUGAAGCUGAAGAGGCAGCUGGACUAUGAAGAGCAAGCUUUUCAACACCUGAGUGGGAUACAAGGAGAAACAUCCGGCAUUAACCCAACACACUUAAUGUGGAAAAGGAUGAAAAUCCUCAGAGGUGAAAAUUGUGCAUUACUUACAGAGAAGAAGUCGCUCAGCACAAGUGUCCUUAAUGAUGAGUUCCUUUGCAACCCGCAAAGAGGGCCAGGCCAGCCCCCUAUGAAUAUGGGGCAGCAGCAACUGCAGCCACGGCAUCCGCCACCCUCUUUGAGAAACUCUGCCAACAUCCCCAAAGCUGCCUUCUCCCCACACUUUUACUGCCCCCCUUAUCAGGACUUCAGUGUGCCACAAGGUCAUAGGAUGUCAGGAGUGACAAGUCGCCUGCUCGGCUCAUCCUUGGAACCUUAUUUGUUGCCGGAACUGACCCGAUAUGACUGUGAGGUUAACGUCCCAGUUCUCGGGAGUUCGACGCUCCUGCAAGGCAGCGAUUUGCUCCGAGCUCUCGACCAGGCGACCUGAAGCAGCCUUGCAGCAUUCCCCUGGCCUAUACUGUCCAAAAAAACAAACAAAAAACAAACCAGCUGCAGUUUUUAAAUCUAUUUUUGCAAGUAGACAAUUUCUAAUACUGAUUACACUUUUGCAAGAUUUUACUUAACUAUUGAACUUGUCCACGUCACCAAAUAGUGGCCUUUCUGUGAAGUUACUCACUUUUCUUAUGUGCAUUAAAAAGAAGUAUGCAUCUACUGUAUUUCCAACCCCCUUCUAUUUCGAUAAGACGUUCUUUAGAAAAUUUAUAUUAUAUGAUUCCCCACCGCUGUGUAAUUUAUGUGUGCUGAAACUUCCUCAUUAUUCUUGCUAAUAAAAAAAUAGAAGAAGCUGCGGUGUGCUCGCUCACGGCUCUCUAUGUAAUACUUUGGCUCCGUUUAUUGCAAAGGUUUAUUUUAUUUUAUUGCCAAAGAUAAGUGAAAAUAAACAAAUCUGAUGAAAUGCACUUGUUGCCCUACCCCCUAGUUUUUCCUCUGCAUUUUCUAACACGG